AUGGCGGACCCACCCGACCGGUUCGCCGCAGGCACCAUCGCGGAAUCAGGCGUCGUAUUUGACAGCACGCGGGGCGUGGGCCUGACAUACCGCGACGGUGGGCUCGGCGUCCUGCGCCCCCUUGCCCUCCGCUUGGGCGGCUCCCCGCUGCCCGGCAUCUGCGCUGGCCUGCAGUCGGCCCUCACAGGCAUGACGGUCGGCGGCCGCCGCGUCGUGCUGUGCCCGCCCGAGCUGGCGUUUGGGGCGCAGGCGGCGGCGGCGCCCUACGCAAUCGUGCCGCCCAACAGCGCGGUGCGAUAUGAGGUGGAGCUGCUGCGCCUGUCGCGGCGAGGGCCAGAUGCGCUGUUCAAGGGACUCAGCAAGUGCAGCCAGGGUGGCGCGAGCGCGACGACCGAGAACUGCGCCGCCAUAGAGCCCGCCGAGUUUGUGUAA